AUGUUGUCUCUCGUCAAAACUGCCGCCGUGGUGGCCGCGGUAGCCAGCACGGCCCUCGGCGCCACGAUUCCCACGUUUACACAGGCGCAGAUCGACUCGGGCGAGGCCAUGCGCCAGCUCGGCAAGAUUGCCUACGACACGGCCAUGGCGCGCGCGGCCAAAGCGACGACGGGCUGCACCGCGGACAAAGUCAAGAUCCGCAAGGAGUGGUAG